CCGUGCCCACGGAUCAAAGAUGGACGGCGGCGGCGGAGGAGGAGGUAGCGGCGGCUUGAUUGGCAAUAACAAGCAGAGAGCGAUGUUACCCAACAAAAGCAGAGGCGAAUUCGUUCGUAACCAGAGGAAAGACUCAGAGGGAUUGUCUGAGUCUCCAGACCUGGAGUUUGAGUAUGCCGACACAGACAAGUGGGCUGCAGAGCUGUCAGAGCUCUACAGCUACACAGAGGGGCCAGAGUUUCACCUCAACAUGAAAUGCUUUACAGAGGAUUUCAGAACUCAUGUGAAGGAUAAAAAGUGGACAGAGCUGAGUGCACCAGAGCAUCGUGCCCAUGCCAUGCGACUUCUGGAUGGGCUGGACGUGACAGCCCGAGAAAAGAGGCUAAAGGUUGCCAGGGCCAUUCUGUACAUGGCACAGGGUACAUUUGGGGACUGUGAGUCCGAGGCAGAAGUUCAGCAGUGGAUGAGGUACAACAUCUUCCUGCUGCUGGAGGUUGGCACCUUCUCUGCCCUGGUGGAGCUACUAAAUAUGGAGAUAGAUAACAGUGCUGCCUGUACUAGUGCAGUGAGGAAGCCUGCCAUCUCGCUAGCUGACAGCACCGAUCUCAGGGUGCUGCUGAACAUUAUGUACCUGAUGGUGGAGACCGUGCAGCAGGAGGAUCUUUCGGACAGCCCAGAGUGGAGAGCAGCCCAAGACACUUUCAGGACUGAGCUGGGCUCUCCCCUCUACAACAAUGAACCCAUUGCUGUUAUGCUCUUUGGUAUGGUGACCAAGUUCUGCAGUGGCCAUGCUCCUCAUUUCCCCAUGAAGAAGGUCCUGUUGCUGUUGUGGAAGACCAUCCUGUUUACACUUGGGGGGUUUGAGCAGCUCCAACACAUCAAGAUGCGCAAGCGUGAAGAGCUGGGUCUCCCACCGCUGCCUGAGGAUAGUAUCAGGGUUGUGCGCAGCAUGCGGGCUGCCUCACCCCCUGCAUCUGCUUCUGACCUCAUUGAGCAGCAGCAGAAACGGGCUCGUCGAGAGCACAAGGCCCUGAUCAAGCAAGAUAACUUGGAUGCCUUUAAUGAGAAGGACCCCUAUAAGGCAGAUGAUCCCCGUGAAGAUGAGGACGACAGUGACGAUAAUGAUAAUCCUCUGGAGCCAGAGACUUUCCCUCUAGAGCGCGAUGAGGUCAUGCCUCCACCUAUCCCACAUCCCCCCUGUGAGAGGGUGUCCUUCCCCAAGGGUCUACCCUGGGCUCCCAAAGUUAGGGAGAAGGACAUUGAACAUUUUCUUGAGUCCAGUAGAAGUAAAUUUAUUGGAUAUACACUAGGAAGUGAUACAGACACUGUUGUGGGCCUGCCCAGACCCAUCCAUGAGAGCAUCAGAACACUGAAGCAGCACAAAUAUGUAUCCAUUGCUGAAAUUCAGAUUGCCAAAGAAGAGGAGUACCAAAAGACUCCAUUGUCUGUGGGAGAAGAAGAGGUUGAGUUGAAUUCUACAGAGCUGCUGUACCAGGGCAUACUCCCCAGCUUGCCUCAGUAUAUGAUUGCCCUUCUAAAAAUCCUUCUGGCUGCUGCUCCCACCUCCAAAGCCAAGACAGACUCUAUUAACAUCCUUGCUGAUGUUUUGCCAGAGGAGAUGCCAACGACGGUACUGCAGAGCAUGAAACUUGGUGUCGAUGUGAAUCGGCACAAGGAGAUCAUCGUCAAAGCCAUCUCUGCGAUCUUGUUACUACUACUCAAGCAUUUCAAACUUAACCACAUCUACCAGUUUGAGUACAUGGCCCAGCAUCUGGUCUUUGCCAACUGCAUUCCCCUCAUUCUCAAGUUCUUUAACCAGAACAUCAUGUCCUACAUCACUGCCAAGAACAGUAUAUCUGUGCUGGACUUCCCUCACUGUGUGGUGCACGAGCUGCCAGAACUUACAGCAGAGAGCCUGGAGGCUGGUGACAACAACCAAUUUUGUUGGAGGAACCUUUUCUCGUGCAUCAACCUGCUAAGGAUCCUCAACAAACUCACAAAGUGGAAGCACUCCAGGACAAUGAUGUUGGUGGUCUUUAAGUCUGCUCCAAUCUUGAAGAGAGCUCUCAAGGUCAAGCAGGCCAUGAUGCAGCUUUAUGUGCUGAAGCUACUCAAAGUCCAGACCAAGUAUCUGGGGCGCCAGUGGAGGAAGAGCAAUAUGAAGACUAUGUCGGCCAUCUACCAAAAAGUUCGUCACAGGCUCAAUGAUGACUGGGCCUAUGGCAACGCAGACCUGGACGCACGGCCCUGGGACUUCCAGGCGGAGGAGUGUGCGCUGCGGGCAAACAUUGAACGUUUCAACGGCCGCCGCUAUGACAAGAGCCAGAGCAAUCCAGACUUUGUGCCUGUGGAUAACUGCCUGCAAAGUGUGCUAGGCCAGCGGGUGGAGCUUCCAGAGGACUUUCAAAUGAAUUACGACCUCUGGCUUGAGCGAGAGGUCUUCUCCAAACCUAUCUCCUGGGAGGAGCUGCUACAGUAGGGAUCCAGCAGUGCCAUAUUUCCCACAAGACUCUGUAUGCCAUGCCAGAAAUGCAUUUUACAGACCAACAUCAUCACCCUUCAUUCUCCGGACCACAGAAGCUGACCUACUUUUUUUCUAGCCUCUUUGGACCAGAACCACUGGACAGUAUCCACUGCUCCCUGCGGACCAGAUGAUUCCUGGUGACGCAUUUGUAUAUCUCGCUCUGGACCCGACAGUACAUUGUAUUGUGCUGCAGUGUCAGUGGUACUGGACCAGAACCACCUGCUGCAGUGACUGGAUUGCUGGAACUAUCACCUCUUGAAGUUACACUACUAUUCUUUCAUGGAGACCUCUUAGAAUCCCAUGAUAUCUUGUGCUUGAAGAUGUCUGAUGAUCUUGUGCAUAUGUGUAUGUCGGCUUGUAGAGGGAACCAAGCGUGUUUAUGUUACUCAGUUCCUUUGGUUGGUUUUUAUAAGUGAUAUCCCUGUUUUCUGUAUUAAUAUAUACUGGUAGCUAGUGUAUUAGUUUUUUCUUAAUUUACCUUAAAUUUUACAGAUUUUAUCUUUUUUUUUUUUUUUUUUUUUUUUAAACAAUUGUACAAGUUUUACUGAAACAGAUUCAGGUUGUGUUCCUUGGUGAAAGGUGGAGGAGCAGUUACCUUCCUGCAAGUUCAUCCUGUGAUCUGUUGUAAGUCUUAUGUGACUGGAGCACAGGUGUGGAGACCUAAGCUGGGGUCACUUUCGCGAUGGAAACCAUGUUGUACUGGCAUGUAGACCAGCUUUAUGUCAGUUGUUACAUAUAUGAGGGACCUCAUAUAAAGCCUUUUUUAUAGCUUCUGUUUAAUGCCGUUUUAGAUCUUGUGAUCUGCUUUGCAUUGGGAACUCGUUGAAAUACAAAUUGCUUAAGAUGAAAAGCCUCCUGAUGUAAACAUUAGUCAGAAGGAGAAAUGACUCAUUCAUGGAAUAUCUAUAAUUUGCAUUAUAUAAAUUUUGU